AUACUCGUCACUCGUCUACUACUGCUGUCAUUUUUGUCAGUUUUGGGGUUAUUGAAGAUUUUUGGAGAAUCUUUUAUAUUUUAUCCAACAAAAUCCCCUUUCAAAGCUCAGAAAAUGGCUGCAAUGCGUUCCAUGUCUCGCCUGUUAUUCUCCAGAUCAUUUCAAACUACUGUAAAAAGGGGUUAUGCUGAUCAAAUGAGCUUCACUUUUGCUUCUGGAAACCAGGUCUUCUACGAUGGGAAAUCGAUAAAACAAGUAGACGUUCCUUCUUUCUCUGGUAGCUUCGGUAUCCUACCAGCCCACGUUCCCACUCUUGCUGUCCUCAAACCUGGAGUAGUUACUGUUUAUGAAGACGGCGGUUCAGUCCAGAAAAUUUUUGUAUCCAGUGGUACAGUCACUGUUAAUGACGAUUCAUCUGUUCAAAUCUUAGCUGAAGAGGCCCAUCCAGUAGAAAAUUUAGAUAUUAGUGCAGCCAGGGAUCUUCUUACCAAAGCACAAAGUCAAUUGUCAUCGGCCACUACAGAUCAGGCUAGAGCUGAAGCUGCCAUUGCCAUUGAAGUGGGAGAAGCACUUGUAAAAGCUGCCGAAUAGAUUUGUAAAAUACGCAUGUAUUUGUUUUUGUUUUUUUUUGUAAAAUAAAAUAAAUUUAGUGAAGAUAUAAUCCAACAUUCACGAAUGAAUAAUGUAAUUAUAUAAUUAAUUUGCAGUGAUGAUAUUAAAUUCAUCAUGUCAUAAUUACAACUUGUAGCAAAUCGUAAAAUAGACUAUUCUUUACAUUACAAUAUGCCUGCACUUCUGCCGUAUACAGGUUGAUUCGUUUUAGUUUGCAAUACAGGCUAUGGGUGCGAUAAAGGCAACUUCCAUUAGACACUUAUAAAGGAAAAAGAGGGAUAUUGUGUCAUUGCAGCUUUUCACUCUGACAACUGUCAUUUUAAUA